UAGAGCUGAGCCUGAGGCYUAAAACAUCAGAAACAUCGUGGGUCAUUUUUUUCGGUUGUUUUAUUGUCAAAGUGACCCUCUUUUCCACAAUUCUUUGGACCUUAAAAUGAGUGUAUAACCAAAGUGAACCRUCUAAAAUGUCGAAUAAUCAUUCUGGACGAGGAGUUGCAUCUAAAGAAUACAAAGAACCGUUAAGAAGACCUGGUCAGUCUCGUCAGCCUCCCCAAAACUUACCACAAGAUGGCGUCCCGUUGAACUCAAAUGCUACUGGUAAUUUAAAACCUGUAACAGCAACAUCACUUAAUGUGAACGCGAAAGAAUUCGUACCAAGGUUCAUUGUUCCAACCAAACCCCAAGAGCCUUCUGUCCAGCUGCCAGACCAGCAAGUAGUGGAUUAUGUCAAAGAAUCUUUGGACAGACUGACGUACAGUCCUGGGGAAUUUGACCUUGUUGUUGAUGAUCUAGCAUUGGCCUGGAAGGCUAGAAUACAUGACGUUAGUACUUUGAAUGAAGUUGCUAGAGUCAUUGUUGAGCAGUCUAUUGUACAAACAAACUUCACCUACACUGGAGCCAGGCUUUGUGACCUGAUUGCAAGAAGAAGAGAUCUAACUGACAUCCAAGAUGGCUCCAAGACAUUUAGAACAAUAUUCCUCACAAGGUGUUCAGAAGAGCAUAAUAAGCGAGAAGAUUUACUAAAAAACCCGACAACUGUAGCAAGAGUCCAUGGAUUUGCUAUGUUCCUAGCUGAGCUAUUUAGUACAUUUAGAUUUGAAGGCAGCCCACAACCAGUUCAGAUCCUUGAAAAAAAACUUUUAGAGAUGCUGAUAACACUUAUAAACCACAGAACCGAUGAUUCUCUACUCUAUGCUGGCCGUAUUCUUAAGCUUACAGGAAGCCUUCUAGAGGAGCCACAGUUCGUUAAAAAAGACUCAAGCGACAAGCUUACUGAAAUAUUCAAUGAAAUUAAUACUAUCGUCCAACCUGCUUCUCCACAUGGAAGAWCCAUCAAGGUAUUUCUGUCGUCUGUCAUAGCACUGCGUGAAAAGAACUGGGGGCGUGAGACAACACCGGUGCCUGUUGCUAACUCAACCUCAUCAACUUUGUCUGCUGAUGCAGCUCCCUUUCAGUUUCCAUAUAGCAGUACUUUAGAUCCAACACAAAAUGCUGAUGAAGAGGAUGUAUAUUAUCCUCCUGAUGAUCUGUUGGAUUAUUAUGAAGACAUAACACCUGUCUAUAACCCAGACCAAUGGAAUGAGUAUUGUGAAGACAACAGUGAACCAGACGACAAUUACUAUCAGAAUGAUAACGGUGAGAAUGGCGAUGAAGAUGAAGCAUUCACAGAAGAGAUGAGACAAGAUUUCGACAAGUUUAUGCUCGAACAGAAUCACCCUCCAGGAAGCUGAGCCAUACAUGAUCCUCUAUAUCCUUGACGCUGAAUUUAUAUACACCACGUUAUGACGCAACAAUAAUGCAAAAUGUUUUUAAAUACUUGUGAGAAGAUGUGCUUUUCUAUUGUUAAUCUGAUGUAAAUAGCAAGUUAGAAUAACAAAGAUGAGUGUUGUGUACGGACGAGUUAAAAMUUUUAGGUAGUGCAACUUGUCAACCAAUAAAUGAUAACUAGAAAACGUUAAAA